AUGAGGAAGCAAGAGACAUUUAUUUAUUCCUUGCUCACCAGAGGGAGGCCUUACCCAGUGAUUCUCUUUCUGAGAGCAAUUGCCUUCUGCAUAGGAAAUGGAUUUCUUCAAGCGCACUAUCUGAUUUACUGCGCGGAAUACCCUGAGGAGUGGUACACAGAUGUGCGGUUUAGCUUGGGUGUCUUCCUAUUUGUUUUGGGGAUGGGGAUCAACAUCCAUAGUGACUACCUGCUGCGCCAGCUUAGGAAGCCUGGAGAAAUCGUCUAUAAGAUUCCACAAGGUGGCUUGUUUACGUAUGUUUCGGGAGCCAAUUUCCUGGGUGAGAUCAUUGAAUGGAUGGGCUAUGCCUUGGCCACGUGGUCCAUUCCAGCCCUUGCGUUUGCAUUUUUCUCACUUUGUUUCCUUGGGAUGCAAGCUUUUUACCACCACAGGUUCUACCUCAAGACGUUUGAGGAUUACCCCAAAUCUAGGAAAGCCCUCAUUCCAUUCAUCUUUUAAAGAGCCCCAAUUUUAAGGAGCAAAGCUUCUACAAGGAAACUACCCAGCUGCUGAAACUAUAAGCUGUAAACGAAACUGGCCUGUGUCUUGCUCAUAUGAUGUAUGUGAUCAUAGGUCUCUUGUUAUUCUGGUUGCCUGAGGCAUGCUGAAUCAUGCCUGCUUAACCUUUAUUCCUGUCUGCCAGGGAGCUUUAGCCUAAUUUCCUGUUGGGGCUUCACAGAGGACCUUCCUUGGAGACAUUUUCUCCUCAGCUAUUCCUUCUAGAAGCUUUCCCUUUCCCCACACUCCCCCCCUCAUUGUAUGAUCUGAAGACAUGUGACUUUUUUAUUUUUACUCUGUAUCAGUUUUGGAAGUUCUGCAGUCAAAACGCUUUGGACUGUCAUAAUGGAAAAUGAAAUCAUAACAUUUGCAGGAAAGUGGGUGGAACUGGAAAUUAUUUUAUUAAGCAACAUAACCUGACUCAGAAAGAUAAAUACUGCAUGUUUUUGUCACAUGCAGAUCCUAGAUUUUAAUUUAUAUGUAUAUAUGUGUCUGUUUAUAUGUGUGUAUUGGGGGACAUAUAGUUCAUCAAAUUAGGAAGGAGAUCAUAAGAAUGUAAGAAGAGGUCUUUGGAGGAGAAAGAGGAGGAUGGAAUAGGUGUGGGACAAAAGCAGAGAGAGGCUGCUUCCGGGGAAGGGAAGGGGCCAGCAGGAGAAAUGCAAGAGAACAGGGAAGGAGAGGAGGGAAGUGGGGAUUGGCAAAAAUAAAGUAUGUAGGAAAAUGUCACAGUGAAACCCAUUACUUUGAUUUCUGGUUUUGAAAAACCCAACCAAUCAACCAGCUAACCAACUGGAAAAGACUGUCUGGGGUGAGGGCAAGGCUUACAGAGCUCAUCAGAAGCAAACCUGUUGUACGCCCACAGAGUGGCAGAGAUUUACAUUUUCAAGUGUCGCAGGUUCAGAGCAUGCCUAAAUUACUUUGUAUUUAUCUGCACAUAAAUUACCAACAUGUACAACAGACGGACUAUGGGAAAGGAGUUGAUGAUAGGCUCAUGGUCCCCAGGAAUGGUCAGGUACUAAUCUUCCUCUUCAGUAGUUAAUUAGGAAGAGAUGAGAAGGGAGAACUUUAAUGAUGGAAUUCCCUUCUCAGACCCAAGUCUAAAUGUCCACAAGUGUCUUAGUCAAUGAAUAUCCUGAUCUUCCAAGAGUUUUCACGGUCCCCACUAGAGCUAUCAUAACUCUAUCCAUAGAACUGGGAUAGAUUUUCUUGAUGGUCAGAUUGUUUUUUGAACACAGAGAAAAAUAUAUAGCUAUGAGUGGUUCCUGAGAGAAUAAAGAAAUGUGUUAUGACAGACACUGUAAACUCAUGAUUUUCGGAACUGAUGGGAAUAUCAAAUGUCAUGGACACAUCAAGCAUGAGAAGUUCAUGCAGAAGACGAUAGGCUGUUUACAUGGAGGAGAUGUCUACAAUGAUGUGAAGGAUUCCAGAAGCCCCGAGCAGUUUCUUCUGGAAUUUCUUCCUUAUGAGCCUCGAGACAUACAAGACAGACAUGUUCCAGCCGUAGCUUGAACAUCAGUCCACAAAGGCCCCGACGGCAGAAGCUGAGGUCUGUGAGCCGACGUUCACCUGGGCAGAAAACCUAUUUCAUUCAGUGUGGGCAGGCUUUCACACACAGUUUUAUUUUAUUUUGUUUUAAAUUUCAAGUUUCAAAUUGUAAAAAUUUGGAGGUUUUCUAUAUGAACUGAAAUCUUGGCAUUCCUUUAAGAAGUUGGAGGGAGAGGCAUAAAAGACAGACUAGAAUGGAACAUGAGCAAAACACAGAAUGUUUGGUCCAAAACUGCUUUGGGUCUAUAGUAGGCAGUGCAUUGUGGUGGGAUCAUUUAGUAGAACAUUUGCGUUCACCUCCCGGCGAAUGAGGGAGGGAGGAGAAAGAGACAGAGGCACCAGAGUUCCACAGUUCUCCUUUGAGGGAAUGCCUCCCCUUCUCAGUGACCCACAACCCGCCCUCCAGGGGUGCCAAGCUGGGAACUAACCCUAAGGCACAAGCCUUUGGUGAAUGUCCAAGAUGCAAGCUAUAUAAGCUUUUGUGCGAGUGGCGAAUUCACCUGAAAGAAAAAAUUUCCAGGACUCUCCACAGUUGAAAACCACUUUCCCCAUGUCGUUCAUGGUAGAGCUGGAGAUGUUCCUCUAGAGAGUGCUUUCCUACUAUCUGCGAGGCCCUGGGUUCCAUGUCGGGCGCCAAUGUGGUGCUCGCCCCAGCGCUUGGUCCACACUAGAAGAUCAGAAAGGCCGUGCCAUCUUCUGCCUCAUAAGGAGUUAGAGGCCAGGUUAAGAUACAUAAGGCCCUGUAUUAGAAUGUUUUUUGUUUUAAAAUGGGUUUUUAGAAAUCUUAUUGACACAUGAAACAAAUCUAGGGCAAUCCUUGAAAUGUGAAAAAUGCUUAAUAAAUGGCUGCCACCCUUGGCCUAGUACUCUGACAAACCUGCCAUUCAUCAGUUGCGUGCUUUUGCCACAAGAGGGCACUAUGUAGAAUUUUAUUCAGGUGAAUUCAAUUUAUGUGUGUGUGUUAGUUCUACAAAACCUUAUUGCUAUUUCAACUUAGCUUAAUUAACCACAGACUUUCAUCUAUAAAAUUAAAUUUUAUGAAUUCAUUUAUUAUUAUCGAGUUUGUGUGAGUGCACACGUGCAUUUGGAGGUCAGAGUACAAGUUCGUUCCUCCCACCAUAGGUUCUGGGUUCUGGGUUCUGGGUUCUGGGACCAAGCUCUGGUCAUCAAGUUUGGGUGACAAGUGCUUUUACCCAUCUUGUGUCCUGUUUACAGACCUUCUUAAUUUAAAUAAGUUAUUUGUGUGUAAUAUGAGAUCUUCCCUUGACAUCUGAGGGAUCCUAGUCAUCUAAAAGCAUUGUUUUAAACCUCAGUGUUCUUUGUUGAAGACAGGGAUAUAUAUGGAUAUAUGUGGAUAUGUAUAUUCAUACAUAUAUGUAUACAUUAAACACAAUAAAAUUAUGAACAUGUCCCCAUUCCA